AUAUGGGAAGACAUUGAUUCCAUCAUCAGCAGACACAUUGCUCAAACUGACAUCACAAUCAAUAGAAGCACUGUCUUCAUCGGAAUCGUAGUCUUCGAAAAUGCUCAGCUCCAUUUGAUCAUAGUCAUAGAAAUCCUUCUUGGCCUUCUCGUCAGCUUCCUUCUUGGCCUUCUCGUCAGCUUCCUUCUUGGUCUUGGCUUCAAGAUCCUUCUUGGCCUUCUCGUCAGCUUCCUUCUUGGUCUUGGAUUCGAGAUCCUUCUUGGCCUUCUCGUCAGCUUCCUUCUUGGUUUUGGCUUCAGCUUCCUUCUUGGCCUUUUCGUCAGCUUCCUUCUUGGUCUUUUCGUCAGCUUCCUUCUUGGUCUUUUCGUCAGCUUCCUUCUUGGCCUUCUCGUCAGCUUCCUUCUUGGUCUUGGCUUCAAGAUCCUUCUUGGCCUUGGCUUCAGCUUCCUUCUUGGUCUUGGCUUCAAGAUCCUUCUUGGUCUUGGCUUCAGCUUCCUUCUUGGCCUUCUCGUCAGCUUCCUUCUUGGUCUUGGCUUCAAGAUCCUUCUUGGCCUUUUCGUCAGCUUCCUUCUUGGCCUUCUCGUCAGCUUCCUUCUUGGUCUUGGCUUCAAGAUCCUUCUUGGCCUUCUCGUCAGCUUCCUUCUUGGCCUUCUCGUCAGCUUCCUUCUUGGCCUUCUCGUCAGCUUCCUUCUUGGCCUUCUCGUCAGCUUCUUUCUUGGUCUUAGCUUCAAGAUCCUUCUUGGUCUUUUCGUCAGCUUCCUUCUUGGCCUUUUCGUCAGCUUCCUUCUUGGUCUUGGCUUCGAGAUUCUUCUUGGCAUUCUCGUCAGCUUCCUUCUUGGUCUUGGCUUCAAGAUCCUUCUUGGCCUUCUCGUCAGCUUCCUUCUUGGUCUUGGCUUCAAGAUCCUUCUUGGUCUUUUCGUCAGCUUCCUUCUUGGCCUUCUCGUCAGCUUCCUUCUUGGUCUUGGCUUCAAGAUCCUUCUUGGCCUUCUCGUCAGCUUCCUUCUUGGCCUUCUCGUCAGCUUCCUUCUUGGCCUUCUCGUCAGCUUCCUUCUUGGCCUUCUCGUCAGCUUCUUUCUUGGUCUUAGCUUCAAGAUCCUUCUUGGUCUUUUCGUCAGCUUCCUUCUUGGCCUUUUCGUCAGCUUCCUUCUUGGUCUUGGCUUCGAGAUUCUUCUUGGCAUUCUCGUCAGCUUCCUUCUUGGUCUUGGCUUCAAGAUCCUUCUUGGCCUUCUCGUCAGCUUCCUUCUUGGUCUUGGCUUCAAGAUCCUUCUUGGCCUUCUCGUCAGCUUCCUUCUUGGCCUUCUCGUCAGCUUCCUUCUUGGUCUUAGCUUCAAGAUCCUUCUUGGUCUUUUCGUCAGCUUCCUUCUUGGCCUUCUCUUCAGCAUCCUUCUUGGCCUUCUCGUCAGCUUCCUUCUUGGCCUUCUCGUCAGCUUCCUUCUUGGUCUUGGCUUCAAGAUCCUUCUUGGCCUUCUCGUCAGCUUCCUUCUUGGCCUUCUCGUCAGCUUCCUUCUUGGUCUUGGCUUCAAGAUCCUUCUUGGCCUUCUCGUCAGCUUCCUUCUUGGCCUUCUCGUCAGCUUCCUUCUUGGUCUUGGCUUCAAGAUCCUUCUUGGCCUUCUCGUCAGCUUCCUUCUUGGUCUUGGAUUCGAGAUCCUUCUUGGCCUUCUCGUCAGCUUCCUUCUUGGCCUUCUCGUCAGCUUCCUUCUUGGUCUUGGCUUCGAGAUCCUUCUUGGCCUUCUCGUCAGCUUCCUUCUUGGCCUUCUCGUCAGCUUCCUUCUUGGUCUUGGCUUCGAGAUCCUUCUUGGCCUUCUCGUCAGCUUCCUUCUUGGCCUUCUCGCCAGCUUCCUUCUUGGCCUUCUCGUCAAAAUCCUUCUUGGCCUUCUCGUCAGCUUCCUUCUUGGUCUUGGCUUCAAGAUCCUUCUUGGCCUUCUCGUCAGCUUCCUUCUUGGCCUUGGCUUCAAGAUCCUUCUUGGCUUUUUCGUCAGCUUCCUUCUUGGCCUUCUCGUCAGCUUCCUUCUUGGCCUUCUCGUCAGCUUCCUUCUUGGCCUUCUCGUCAGCUUCCUUCUUGGCCUUCUCGUCAGCUUCCUUCUUGGCCUUCUCGUCAGCUUCCUUCUUGUUCUUAGCUUCAAGAUCCUUCUUGGUCUUUUCGUCAGCUUCCUUCUUGGCCUUCUCGUCAGCUUCCUUCUUGGCCUUCUCGUCAGCUUCCUUCUUGGCCUUCUCGUCAGCUUCCUUCUUGGCCUUCUCGUCAGCUUCCUUCUUGGUCUUAGCUUCAAGAUUCUUCUUGGCAUUCUCGUCAGCUUCCUUCUUGGUCUUGGCUUCAAGAUCCUUCUUGGCCUUCUCGUCAGCUUCCUUCUUGGUCUUGGCUUCAAGAUCCUUCUUGGCCUUCUCGUCAGCUUCCUUCUUGGCCUUCUCGUCAGCUUCCUUCUUGGUCUUGGCUUCAAGAUCCUUCUUGGCCUUCUCGUCAGCUUCCUUCUUGGUCUUGGAUUCGAGAUCCUUCUUGGCCUUCUC